AUGGACACCCAUGUCUUUGCUAACUUGGCUCAAAUUCGUAUAUUACUAGUUCCUAUUGGAGCAAUUCCACAGCAAACUUUUGAAAAGUAUGCCUCGGAGAUUCGCAGUUUUGACGCUAUCAGACUUGGAGACAUUGCUGUAGAGGGUACAAAAGACGAGAGAGCGCGUUUUCAACCCAAAUCGCUAGCCACUGGAUAUCUGCACCUCAGUUUCCCUUCUCACCCACCCCCGCACUCGCACCAAGCCCUAUCGCUGCUACGACCAUCACAUUUUCCUCUCGCAGUCAUUGGCGUUGCUACCUGCUCUCGCUCCGAAGCCCUGCCAGAAAUCAUCUCUCAGUUCCAUGGCACCGCGCUCGACAUGUUCCCUCCGACUGGAAUCUAUCCAUUAGCAAGAAACUGCUUUGUUUUUGAAGAGGGUUCCUCUUCCGGUAUAUCUCCUAGUGGGCAGCAUCCCGAACUUAUCAUAUUCCCAGAAAUGAUGGGAAACAGAAAGCUUCACAUCGGAACACUGUUGGGCGAGAUAUGCUCUAAGAUUUUCGGCGAGUUUGGAGUUCUGAUCCAAAGAUUAGAAAGUCCUCUCGGAAAUGAAUACCUGAACGCGUCACUUUUCCCUUCCCUCCCCUUACUAACAGAUUUGCCACCUUCCCUAGGUAGUAAAGAUACACUUCCCCCUCUUCCGUCACACAGCAGUCAACCUGAGAUCUCCAAGUCAGCACUAUCCAAAGUAGCGCCGGCCAUGAAACGAAACUCUUCGCUUGGUGUACCAACCGUACGGAAACGAUUAAGUGCCAUUGGGGCAGCGUCGUCACAUGGAAGAUUGUUUAAAGUAAUGGCGGAUCUCUUCUUACUUGCUGGAAGAACAGAGGACGCGUUGAUAUGGUACACAGAAGCGCUUCAACUCUUGAAAUCGCCUUUAGAUUCGAUUUGGAAUGCUUCUGCCCUGGAGGGAAUGGCCACAAUCCCGAUCCUCGAUGCGUGGUCCGCUGGCCAUGGCUUGCAAACUUCGACCAGUGUAGGGCGAGAACCCUGGUCAGAUAUUGCGGAUAAACUCACUCAAGCCACCACGCUAUACUUCAAAGUCCCUCCUUCCGAGGUCGAGAACUACCAGUACUUGUCAUACCUGUAUUGCUGCUGUGUUCUGAGACAUACAAGCUUGCUAUUUGCGAUCUGGUCUGCCAAGGGCUGGGGUCCACUGGCCUUUACGACCAUGUUGCAGCCCGGACCCACGCCUUACCUUCCUCCAACUCUCAGCCACAGCGAAAGUACUACCUGGGCGAACCUGGAGCGCCUUAGUUCCAUGUCAGGUAUACCACGGACGACCAUUUCCUCACUCCUCGCGCAGGUGCACGGACCCUGGCUUUUACACUUAGGACCUCGUGAGCGUGUCAGUGUCCUCGAAGCUAUAGCUAGCACAUAUUCAUGUUUGGGUUAUCGUCGGAAGGAGUCUUACAUUCUACGGGAAGUCCUAGGUUGUAUUCUAGACCUGAUCGUGUGCGGACGGGAGGAGGACGCUCACACCAACAUGCGGUUGUUCGGGAAUAAGGGAAAUGUCGGGAUCAGGCUAAAUGAAAGCUCAGAUGGUAACGAGAGCAUUUUGAAAUUGCUUAAGCAUGUUUGCAAAGUUCUCGGCGUUAAUCUGGAUGCUAUCCAAAUUCUGGAUGAUAAUAACGAUCCGAAGAACCAUCCUGAGGCGGAUGACGAUUCGGAUGUCUAUCGAGAACCAUUUGGAUGGCCGGAGCUUCAAAUAGGUGUUGUACGAGAGUCCGUAGCUGUCGCCGAGGCUCUACCAGAUUUCCUGGCUGUAGCUCAGUAUGCUCUAUCAUCGUUGAAGACCUUGCAGGAAUUUCUAGAACCUGGUGAUCAAUAUCAUCUCUAUUCAACUGCUGCACGCGCAAUGCAAACCGCGCGACGGAGAGGCGCAAUGAAAGCGGUCGAGUAUUGGUCAGGACGACCCGUCGUAAGUAUUACACUAGCGCCUUUACCAUUUAUCCGGCUUCCUAUUGAAAAACCAAUAUCAGCUUUGAUACCAAGGACAUCAGACUCCAACGCGAUUCUAAAGGGCGGUACAGACCCAUUUCUCUACAACCCAAGGAAAAUGAACGCCACACAGGGAAAACCAUUGGUUGUUCAAGGCGAACUCUUGGAAUUUAUAGUCAUUGUCCAGAAUCCUUAUGUAUUUGACAUGGAGCUGCAGUCGCUAUCUCUAAGCACUUCCGGUGUCCCUUUCGAAUCUAAUCCGAUUUCUGUGAUUAUACCCGCGCGCUCUUAUCAUCGAGCUGUGCUCUCCGGAAAGUCACUGGCGACAGGCUCCCUUGUCGUCCGAGGCUGCAUUGUCCGAGCUCCAGGCGGUGUUGCUCGGGAAUUUGUGCUCCCUCUCGCAACCGAAGAUGAAGAGGAACGCCUCGCACACAAACGUAGUGCUGCUCUAUGUGAAGCCGGUCGUUUCAAGUAUUCGGGUCUCGACAAUUUUCCUUGGGAAAGGAAAAAGUCACAAAGCUCGGGCUCAAAAUCUUCACGGUCAUCGAAAGCCAUGAUGUUUUUGGAAUGCAAAGUGGUACCAGAACAGCCUCUACUCAGGAUACGGAGAACAACAGUCACGCACGGUGCUCUAAUGCUUUAUGAUGGUGAAAUGUCUUCAAUACGUGUAACGUUUGAAAACAUCGCACCCCUUCCAAUCGACUUUAUUCGACUUGCGUUUGACGAUUCGACUAUGACUCCGGCACAACAGGCACUGGCAGAGGGCGAAAUGUCCGUUUUCGAGACCUACGAGACAGAGUAUGCGUUGAUACAUCGACCCGUCUUUUCCUGGAUCAAGAAUGAUUCUGUCACGAUUGCUCCCGGGCGGAAAGUGACCCUUACUAUCAAUUGUUUUGGGAAGGUUGGCUGCACGGAAGGCACAAUUCACGCUUCCUAUUCUUAUAUUCAUCGUGAUCCAUCUGAUAACAAGGAGGCCUCAGUCUUUCACACUCGACAAUUAUCAUAUCCGCUGAUGGUUACUGUCUAUCGAAUGCUUGAAUCUCAUGGAAUGGACAUUUUACCGUAUCCUUCUUAUCCAAUGGGCACAGAUGACAAUCUUGCGACAAAUAAGUCGAAUCUCUUCGUUCAAGAUAAUGGAGCCUGGUGUCUUUUCUCCGUGGACAUCAUGAACACAUAUGGGAUUCCUUUUGAGGUAUCCAUAGAGCGUGUCCAGGAAGAUGUCCCAUGGGGAGAAACCCUUGUCAAUGUUCCUCCUGGGUCUACUUCAAGGUACAAUGUCGGCCAAUCUGUUUAUGCUAAACUCAAUGCACUAUGUAGACUGGUUAUUCCGUUGAAAAAGUUCCUAUUAGGGGAUGAACAUAUUUCUAGACCAAUACCCACUCUUUCUGAUAGGCAGUUUGUGGUCGACAAGACAAAGCUCUCAGACGCAGAACAGAAGAUGCAACGUGAAUUGUUCUGGUAUCGCGAGGAGCUUUUCAAAAGCUUGCGAUGUCGAUGGCGAGAGGCUGGAGGAACACGAUACGGCGAUCUUUCUCUUCGGCAACAAAGACUGACAUUGACGAUGUUGAAAACAUUGCGUACCGAGAAAGCUGGGAUACAGCUAUCUCUGAUGCGGUCUGGUAAUCCAGUGAAGCCAAUUGAACAAAGCGCAGGAAAAUACCAUCCACCGUGUAGCGAACCUGUAUAUCUGCAUAUCAAAGUCACGAACCUCACAAAAACCACCCUCGUUUUCACAUUGGACGUGAACAUAGAUCCACGCGAGCAUGUCAUACAUGAUGGGAUUCUGUGUGCCAUACCUGUUGGUAGAUUAGAAGCCAAAGAAAGCCGGGAGGUCGAAGUGGCUAUCUGUUUCCUCUGCCAUGGUCGAUUUGAAGUAUUGGCUUCCGCGAGAGUAUUAGACAGUAGUGGCAGCUCAUCAGAAACCGGUUCCGCACGACUAAUUGUGAUGGUUAAUACAGAUGCUUGA